CAGCAUGUCCUAUAGCGUCACUCCCUGACGCUUUACGCCACAACGCGGGCCAAUGUAUCCGCUCUGUGGGCGGGCCUUUCUCCCUGUAUUGUGAUUGAAUCGGUUCAGUUUGUAUUAGUUGGACGAUCAGGAGAGCAGGAAGAAGUGGGAGAAAUCUUCCAGCUAUCCGUCACUGUGGAUACCGGGUUAUUUACCGCUCCGUUAUGUCGGAUUAAUUUGAGCUGCAGCCCGGCGCGUCAGGUCGUGACGAGUUGUAUUGUCUGCGGUGCCUGGGUCUGAGCAGGCUGCAUUUGCAAGGAUGCAUCGGAUGAGAACUGCGCAGGGAUGCCUCCGCUGAACAUGGACAAACAGGGCGGCUGUUACAAUGAUGAAGGCUUCUUCCUUUUUGUUUUGAACACGGGCCACACGCAGAAUCACUGCAACGCUCGAUGUGGGCAACAGAAACGCUCCUCGCAUCCGUCGUUCCCAUGAAGACCAUUGCGCAGUGCAGUGAAAACGGGAUAUCGUGUAGUGGAUUUCCAAUUGGUGGUGAAUAUAUUACCUAAUAAGCUCAUUCAACUGGGUAUCCAUCCCCAGUUUAUGCUGUAUACAUUCUGCAGAAGUGCUCAGUCAAUGUAAGGAGCUUGGUCCAGUGGUGAGAGCCACUUUCCUUGGGUACAGAUGAGAGGCAAACAAUAUCAUCAACCACUGAAGUUGACAGCGCCUUGGGAGAAGGAUGCUGGCUUUGGGAGGAAGCUUAAAACAUACAGGAAUCAUACCAAGAUAAUAGCACAGCCAGGGAUCGUGAUGAAAGUCCUCCGCAGGAAGAGGAUUGUGUUAUUUAUGGCCUAUUUCUUACUGCUGGUGCUUACUAUGCUCAACUUGGCUAAUUAUAAAUGGACUAAAGAGCCACAGCAGUGCAAUCACCAGAUGAGGAGCACCACUUAUCAGAGCAGAUCUGACAUUCGCUUCCUAUACAGGCCCUCCAUGGCCAAAAAGAGACAGCUUAUCUAUGUUCUGACCACUUGGAGGUCGGGGUCGUCUUUCUUUGGGGAGCUUUUUAACCAAAAUCCUGAAGUGUUCUUCUUGUAUGAGCCGAUGUGGCACAUAUGGCAGAAACUGUACCCAGGUGAUGCGGUGUCUUUACAAGGAGCAGCAAGGGACAUGCUUAGCUCCUUAUACCGCUGUGAUCUGUCUGUUUUCCAACUUUACAACAGCCCUGGGGGGAAGAAUUUCACCUCCUUGGGACUAUUUGGGGCCACCCUCAAUAAAGUGGUGUGCUCUUAUCCUCUGUGCUCUGCCUACAGGAAGGAGGUGGUGGGGAUGGUGGAUGAUAAGGUGUGUAAAAAGUGCCCCCCUCAAAGCCUUAGACUGUUGGAGGAGGAGUGCCUAAAAUAUAACACUAUAGUCAUAAAAGGGGUACGUAUUUUGGAUGUUAAUGUGUUAGCCCCUCUUAUGGAGGAUCCAUCUUUAGAUUUGAAGGUGAUACACCUGGUAAGAGACCCACGGGCAGUGGCAAACUCCAGGAUCAAAUCCAGGCACGGUUUGAUACGGGAGAAUUUACAGGUGGUCCGCAGCAGGGACCCAAAACUUCGCCGGAUUCCUUUUGUGGAUCCAGGCCAUAAAGCCAACAAGAAAGAUGGCUCAGACUAUCACUCCAUAGGAGCCAUGGAGGUGAUCUGUGAUCGCACCUCCAGGACUUUGAGGACUGCCUUAAACCCACCAGCCUGGCUGAAGGGGAAGUACAUGGCUGUGCGGUACGAGGACCUGGUGGAAAACCCGGUCAAGACUUUGCGGAACAUUUACCGCUUUGCCAACCUCACCACCAACCACGACAUUGAGUCGUUUGCUCUGAACAUGACCAGCGGCUCCAGCUCCUCAUCGAAGCCAUUCAUCGUCUCCUCUAGGAAUGCCACACAAGCUGCUAGUGCAUGGAGAACAGUGCUCAGCAUCCAGCAGAUCAAACAAGUGGAGGACUACUGCCAUCAUGCCAUGUCUGUUUUAGGGUAUGAAAGGGUCAGAACAGCCGGGGAGGCCAAGGACUUGGGUAAAUCACUCCUGACACACUCCAAACUGUGAACUCACCAAAGACCUUUUAAUUUAAUGUUUGUUUUGCAUCGAGUGCCGUUUCCUCUUAUUGUGGAAUUAAAGCUUUACUUUGAUCAGUGUUUGAGGAGCUCGACUGGCCACAUUUGGAAUGUAUCAGGUCUCUCUCAGUUGAAUUGCAGUGGUAUUUGAAGGGACCACUCCUUUUAUAUGGAAUAAUGGAUGUGUUUGACAGUGCAAAGGCCUACAGACGACGACUUAAAAAGUAAAGCAGCAGCCAUGAAAAAAAGAACAUCUGUAUAAUUCAUGUAUCUUGUUAUGAAGACACUACAAAGUGGAUGUUUUGGGGUUAUUUUUGAAUGUUCAAAACUUACAAAAAAAAAAUCUGUUUUUCAGUCUCCAUACUGUCUGUACAAGUGAAAAUAGUGAAUGAAAGAAAAACAAAAAAUACAAGAAACAUCUGAUUCAAAAAAUAAAAAUAAACUCAUUGCUAAUGUUAUUUGUAAGAUCUGGUUGAAGUCAGAGACAAUCAUUCGAUGAUGUGCCAUAAGUAGAGGUGUGAUGAGUAGGCUACAUCAGAACAGCAGUAGUGCUUUUUCUAGAUUAAAAAAAAGAAGUUCUGUUUUUGUCACCAAAUCCUCGUAGGAUGAUUUCAUGCACUGUGGACAAUUUCAUGGCUCUGGAUCUGGAAAGUCUUCUCUAAUGUCGGUGUAAGCAGUCUGUUCUACCAUUUAAAAUGUUUACAAUUGCUUGCUCUUUAAAAACACAACCUGGGAAUAUUGCAUUGAGUAAAGUUCACAGUAAACAACAAA